CAGCGACUCGGACUUCUGUUCAGGUUUUCAGAGAGUUCAUUACUGAGAGGAUAAAAGCUGCUGCUGCAGAAAUCUUCACUGCGUUGGAAGAAAGGAUGGUUCCGUGUAAGGAGGAGCUGGAUGUCCAGGACAGACUGCUGGGAGUCAGCGGGGGAGCUCAGAGGGACUUCCCCACAACAGAGAGGCCCCAGCAGCACAUUGGUGACCAGAGGACGACGUCCACUGUGGAGCAGGAGGAACAUGAAGCUCCACUCAUGAAAGAGGAGGAGGAUCCUGUUGAGGAGGGUGUUCCUGAUGGUGGAAGUGAAAAUCCCCACCACUCUCUGAGAGACCUGACCAGCCAGAGACUGACUGCUGCUGCUGCUGUGGAAAUCUCCAGCGUGUUUGAACAGACUCUGGUCCAGUACCAGGAGGAGUCUGAUGGUCGCUGCAGACUGCCGGCCGUCAUCUGGAACCCUCAGAUCCAGCUCCACAGAGCAGAGCUGCAGCAGCCCCUUGACUGUCGAGAGGAGAAGGCAGGAGUGGUCACUGACAAGAAGAAAACUUGUGAAACAUGUGGGAAAAGUUUCCGUGAUCCGAGCUCUUUAUUGGUCCACAUAAGAUCUCACACAGGUGAGAAGCCGUUUCCUUGUGAAACAUGUGGGAAAAGUUUCACUCGUCAGAGUACUUUGUUGGUCCACAAGAGAUGUCACACAGGUGAGAAGCCAUAUCCUUGUGAAAGAUGUGAGAAAACUUUCAGUCGGCACAGUCAUUUGGUGGUCCACAAGAGAUGUCACACAGGUGAGAAGCCGUAUCCGUGUGAAACAUGUGGGAAAAGCUUCCGUGAUCCGAGUUCUUUAUUGGUGCACAAGAGAUCUCACACAGGUGAGAAGCCAUAUCCUUGUGAAACAUGUGGGAAAUGUUUCAAUACUCGGAGUGAUUUGUUGGUACACAAGAGAUCUCACACAGGUGAGAAGCCAUAUCCUUGUGAAACAUGUGGGAAAUGUUUCAUUAAGCGGAGUUAUUUGUUGCGCCACAUGAGAUCUCACACAGGUGAGAAGCCGUAUCCUUGUGAAAAAUGUGGGAAAAGUUUCAGUCGUCAGAGUGCUUUAUUGGUCCACAUGAGAUCUCACACAGGUGAGAAGCCGUAUCCUUGUGAAACAUGUGGGAAAACUUUCACACGUCAGAGUACUUUAUUGGUCCACAUGAGAUCUCACACAGGUGAGAAGCCGUAUCCUUGUGAAAAAUGUGGGAAAAGUUUCAGUCGUCAGAGUGCUUUAUUGGUCCACAUGAGAUCUCACACAGGUGAGAAGCCGUAUCCUUGUGAAAUAUGUGGAAAAACUUUCACACGUCAGAGUACUUUGUUGGUCCACAAGAGAUGUCACAUAGGUGAGAAGCCAUAUCCUUGUGAAACAUGUGGGAAAAGUUUCAGACGGCACUGUCAUUUGUUGCGCCACAUAAGAUGUCACACAGGUGAGAAGCCGUACCCUUGUGAAACAUGUGGGAAAAGUUUCAUUACCCGGAGUUAUUUGUUGGUCCACAUGAGAUCUCACACAGGUGAGAAGCCAUAUGCUUGUGAAACAUGUGGCAAAAGUUUUAUUAACCGAAGUCAUUUGUUGCGCCACAUAAGAUCUCACACAGGUGAGAAGCCGUAUCCUUGUGAAACAUGUGAGAAAAGUUUCAGUCAGCACAGUCAUUUGGUGGUCCACAAGAGAUCUCACACAGGUGAGAAGCCAUAUCCUUGUGAAACAUGUGGGAAAAGAUUCAGUUAUCGUUCUUCUUUGCUGCACCACAUGAAAAUUCACUUGAAGAUGAGGUGA